UUCCAGGUCUGAGCGUAUAUUUCACCUGGGAGCACGCUAUUAUGCUAAACCCAGCCUGCCCAAAAAUUGUAUCUAGGCCAGUUUGAAGUUUGGCUGUAUCAUUCGCUAUAUCGUUUAUUGUUCUGCGCAGGCGUGGACCCCCCUCCCUCCUAAAACUAACCAUCCUUUUAUGAGACUGAAGACGGAAGUGUACGGGAGUCAACAGUGGUGCGACUGUUGAUUCAGUCGCUCUCAGCGUUACGUGCAGCCUUUCCCGAAGAUCCCUUCUCCCCCUGGAUUUUAGAUUCCAUAGCCUGCGGUCACAUCUGGGCAGCUGCUCAUCGUCCUCUUCCGCCCAAGUGUCUACACUGUUACCACCGACAGUCGGCCCCGGUCAUGGCGGUGAAUGCGAAGCGCAAACAGGAGGAGAAGCAUCUUAAGAUGCUGCGGGAGAUGACGAGCCAGCCUCCCAACAGAAAGUGCUUCGACUGUGACCAGCGCGGCCCGACCUACGCCAACAUGACCGUAGGCUCGUUCGUCUGCACCACCUGCUCCGGCAUACUACGAGGCAUCAACCCCCCCCACAGAGUGAAGUCUAUCUCUAUGACGACCUUCACGCAACAGGAGAUCGAGUUCCUGCAGAAAAACGGCAACGAGUUCUGUAGACAGAUCUGGCUGGGCCUGUACGACGACAGGACCCUGUCCGUUCCCGACUUCCGCGAGCCGCAGAAGGUGAAGGAGUUCCUGCAGGAGAAGUACGAGAGGAAGAGAUGGUACGUCCCCCCGGAGCAGGCGAAGGCGGUGGCCUCCGUACACGCCUCCGUUUCAGGCUCCUCAGCCAGCAGCACCAGCAGCACCCCCGAGGUCCGACCCCUCAAAACUCUCCUGGGGGAGAGCGGCCCGUCUGCCCACCUCAGCAGGGGCACGCCCAGUCAGUCUCCAGUGACGAGUCGCGCGCAUCCCCAGCAGGCUCAGGAGAAGAAGUUCGACCUUCUAAGCGACCUUAGAGACAUCUUCGCCACCCCUUCUUCUCAGGCCCCUGGCCCCAACAGCUUUGCUAAUUUUGCACGUUUCAACAACCACCCAGGCGGCGCAGUGGCUCACAUGGCGGGUCCCGCCCCGGUGUCGGCCGGUUCUGCUCCAGCUCUCGUUCGGGUCGCCGGGGUCGGGGGAGACCGCUACGCCGCUCUGGCGGAGCUGGACAGCGUCUUCAGCACGCCCCCCACCUCCGCCCCCCCGGGUAACGUGUUUGGUGCAGCUGCUGGGAUCACACCUCCCCCGACGCAGCAGGGAUUACCCAGCAUGCCGCAGGGCUUUGGAGCUGCUCCCUCCACAAACCCUUUCGUUGCUGCCUCGGUUGCCCCGGCAACGGCCCCCACCAACCCCUUCCAGGCCAAUGGGAAAGCAGUGGCGGCAGCAGCUCCCUUCGGGACAGGCUCUAUGAGCAUGCCGGCGGGAUUUGGGAACUCCGCUGCCUUCAACCUCCCGACCAGCUUCAGCGGAACCUUCCAGCAGCCUGUCCCAGGACAGGGCCCCUUCCCCCAGCCCCCGGGCUACCCCCUGCAGCCCAACGGUACAGGCUGUGCCCCUUACGGACACGCUAAGCCGGUGGUGACCCCGUUUGGUCAGGUGAUGUCGGGCCCUGGGGUGUCCAGUAACCCCUUCAUGGCGGGACCCCCAGUGGGACAGUACCCAGCCGGGAGCUCGUCCACGAACCCCUUCUUAUAGCGAACCUCCUCUGUCCCGCCACCAGGGGGCGCUCUGACGCCUGCCCCACCAGCUCCCCGCAGACCUCCGUUACGGCUGUCGUCUGCAUCACCGUUUCGCCGAUCGAAACCGACGACGGCGUCCACAACCACUUCCAGUAACCGACAGAACAAAACAUUAAACGUGGUAACGGUGCUACUGGCUGGUCUCCCUCCCUCUCUCUCUCUCUCUCUCUCUCUCUCUCUCUCUCUCUCUCUCUCACUCAAACUCUCUCUCUUUCUCUCCCCUCUACCGCUCCCUCUCUCCCUCUCCUACUCUCCCUGUCUCCAUUUCUCACAUGCUAGCCGCCCCCACCCCAGUGCACCAUAGAGACAUGUAUAUUCCGGCUGGCUGUCAAUGCAGAGUCCUUUCAAACACCGCAUUCAUCACACUGCAGUUCUGUACAUAAUCGUUUCUUAGAAAAAGAUGAUGAUCUUUGUGCAUAUCAGUUUGUGCAUAUUUAAGGCCCAUACUUGUGCAGAGCUAGAGUCUUUUAGGGGGAAGAGGGAUGAAAAAGGGAUCUUAAGCGGUCAUGAACGGGUGUGUUUGGAGGAAGAGGAGGAGCAGUGAGGAGGAGGUGUGUUUGGAGGGCACGAAGAGCAAUAACGAGGAGGUGUUUUUGGAGGGGAGGGGCAGUGAGGAGGUGGUGUGUUUGGAGGAAGAGGAGGAGCCGUGAGAAGGUGUGUUUGGAGAGGAGCGGUAGUGAGGAGGUGGUGUGUUUGGAGGAAGAGGAGCAGUGAGGAGGUGUGUUUGGAGGAAGAGGAGGAGCCGUGAGAAGGUGUGUUUGGAGAGGAGCGGUAGUGAGGAGGUGGUGUGUUUGGAGGAAGAGGACCAAUUCCACCUCUACAGCAGCUGGCAGAAUGACUGACUGACCGUUUCUACUUGGUGUUACAAAAAUUUAAGUUAAUCUGUAAAUAUAUACAUAUAUAAAUAUUAAAAUGGAUUUUAAAUAAGAACAUUUAUUCAUUUUUUUUGUAUUCCUGUACUUGUUCAAGUUUCAAAUUCCUGUUAUGAUUCACAACGCGUACCGAACCUUCAAAGAGCAGAAGGACAUUUUGUCUGUUCUGCCACUCACUGGGUGUGGACAGAUCCUGCCCUACACACUGAUCCUGGAUCAGUAUAAAGCUUUUCUACCUAACGGUGGGGGUUUGGAUUGUGGGUUGAAAUAAAUGGUCCUGUAUCUACUGUUGAGGGGCAGUAAUUACCCAGAAUGCUGCACUGUUUCCAAAGCGACGUGGAGGAAUGUGGCUUCAACUGAGCACACUGCACUGAACACACUGAGUACUGAACUCACAUGGGGGAAAAAAAUGCUUUAAAUAAAAUUAUUUCUACUGUUAA